AUGGCGAGUGUCGCCUUGCGGAUGGUAGUGGAUCUCACUCAGAUUGCGUUAAUUGGGUCUGGUAUUGAGAGCGCCAUUGUUCCGGCUGUCGAUUUUGCUGUCGCCAUUGUUCGUAUUGUCAUGACCAUCCUCGAAUGGGUCAUCCCACAUACCCCUCCAUCUGGCCCCGCCGAGGACUAUAUCAACAGUAAAGUCGAGACGAUGACCAAAGAUUUGAACGCCCGACCCCAGGCGCUUCUCACAUACGAAGCCAACCCCAACAUCGCGCCCAAUCCCAACUCCACUCAGAUUCAAAUCACCAUUAGCAACAAGACCGAGGACACCCUCAAAUUUAAGUCGCUCAAUGUCCGUCUGGAGGUUGGCUAUACUGCAACGGCUUUAUUCAAGAAACUCCAAAAUCGGCGAUGA